UCUGCAUCUUUUUUCUUUCCAGACAAUCUUCACUUUGAAGAUUAUUUUCCAAAAUGGCGUCCGGCAAGGCAACGGGACAAAAAUCAGUAGAUUUGGAGCUAAAAAAGGCUUUCCAAGAGCUCCAAGGGAAGAUGAUUAUGACUCAGCAGCAAUUGAAGAUCUCAGAUGCCCAGAUUGAGACCCUGAAAAGAACAGUCACACGAAACCUUUUAGUGGAAAAGGAGCUUGGUAGAUUGCCUGAAAACACUCGUGUCUAUGAGGGAGUUGGAAGAAUGUUUAUGCUGGCCCCUAUACCAAAUGUACUGAACACGCUGGGAAUGAAAAACCAGGCAGCAGAAAGCAAAAUCAAGACUAUUGAGGGAAAUAAGACAUACCUGGAACGGAAUAUGAAGGAAAGUGAAGACAGCUUACGAGAACUUGUCUUAUCCAAGACAGGCAGAUGAUAGAAACUUGCAAUAUCUGGAAUGUUUUCGCUUAUUUUUGUCCUUCAUGACUGUCGAAUCUGAAUUCAUGUGCUUAAUAUUCAUUCAGAUACAUAAUGCCUUCUAGGACACUGUAUUGCUUUAUGAUAUUUUUUUUUAUUUUGCUUAUUUUUUUGUAUAAAUAUGGAACAACAUGGUUUUACUAAACUUGCAUUACAUAAUGUUUUCUGAAUGAGAUGUUACUUAUAAAACAUUUAUUUCUUUAUAAUUUGAACUACUUGAUAAAGAAACAUUUAUCAUGUUCAGUUGACUACUUGAAGUUACUGAUUUAUUUCAUCUUUAUUAUGCAUGUUAAGAAUUCUUCUGACAAUAAAAUAUUGAAUCAAGUUAAAGAA